GUGACAGUGAAUUUGUUGUGGUUAUCAUUUUUCUGUUUCUGAUCUAAAUCGCCAUAAAAGAAAGUAUAGUUCUCAGUGAAAUUAAAUACUCUUUUAGCAUACAUUUUGUUAAUUAUAGCUUAUUGAAGUACUUUUCACUUUAAGCAAGUCAAAAAGCGGACGUUGUGAAGCAAAUAUUUUGUGAAUGAAUCUGUCAUUUUCAAGGACAAACCAGGACAUAUAGAAGCAACACUAGGAGGCAGUGAAUAUUUUUAAAUCUAUGAACUUUACCAUUUGUCCAAAUUUGGCUCUAACAUAAGUUUUUGCGGGUCACUAAUUUGGAGUGGUGGCUGGCGAAAUAACACAUUUGGAUUGAACGCCUUGGCUGACGAAAGAAAUAAGUACAAGGGCUCAUGAGAUAUGCGCGGAAUUGAAGGCAAAGUUGUGGUGUUGGGUUCCCGAGGAGUUGGCAAAACGCGUUUGGUCACAUCGUAUAUAAAGAAUACAUUGCACAAAGAUAUUGGCCCAACGAUAGCUGCAUCAUUUUUUACAUGCAAAGUAAUGCUGGACGAUGUAAAAAUCAAAUUGCAAAUCUGGGAUACAGCUGGACAGGAGCGCUUCAAAGCCGUUGCGCCAAUGUAUUAUCGUAACGCUAACGCAGCCAUUUUGGUUUUCGAUUUGUCACAGCAUAAAACUUUUCGCGAAAUCAAAUCUUGGAUACAGGAGCUACAUCGUAACGUUCAGGAACCUAUGGUACUUACACUUGUCGGUAAUAAACUUGAUUUGCUUGCUCAUCGCACAGUUACGCACGAUGAAGCCUAUCUGUUUGCCUCAUCAAUCGGUGCCACCUAUUUUGAGGCU